AUGAAUUACGGAAUAAGAAUAAUAUAUUUUAUUUUAUUUCAAUAUGUCAAUACAAUACGAAAUCCAUUACUUGUUCAUAUUGCAGCACAUCACUUGAACUUAGAACAACAAAGUCGUACAAGUUCAACUGAACCAUAUAUCUAUCGACAUCGUUUAAUAACACGAUCAACAACAACAACACCACCAAUAACAAUAAAUAAUUAUGAUUUCUCUUCAACAUCAACAACAUUUCUUCAUUAUUAUCAACCAUCACCAACAUUUAUUAAUGAAUAUAUAUCAUCAAAUCAAACAGAAAAUAUAUGUCCAAGACAAAAAAAUGUUCAUAGAAAUUGUCAACGUUCAUGUCAUGGAACAAAUCAAAAUACAAAUUGUCGUCAACAAAAAAUUUGUAUAUGUGAUCAUAAUUGUGGAUUUUCUUGUCUUUCAAGAACUAUUAUAACUGAACGAUAUCUUUGUCCAUUAAUAAAUAAUCCACCUCAUGGUCGAAUACAUUAUGAUGGUCAUUCAUUUUAUAGUCGUCUUAUUUAUGAAUGUAAUCCAGGUUAUACAGUCGUUGGACCAAAAGAACGUAUUUGUGUUAGUGAUGGUUUUUGGGAACCAGUUGUUGAUGUUUAUUGUAUACGUAAAGAUGAAGUUUGUAUAAUGGAUAAUUUAAUAAU